AUGGCGGGCGUAAACUCGCGUUUCGCUCAAGUUUCAGAAGCAGAAAUUUUACAAAUACAAAACGAGGCUGUGCCUGAGAAUACAAGAAAGGCAACUAAGUAUGGACUAAAAGUUUUUAAAGGUAAGAGAAGACUCCGAAGUGUGAAAAAGUGUUUCGGGUUUUAUUUUGCUGACAACUGCCAAUAAGUUUGAGUGACAUUCAUAACUCUUCACAUCAAAAAUUUGUUACAAUAUGAGUAAAUUCUUUGCAGAUUGGUUUUCCCAGUAAGAAGAAUCUACCACAGAUAUAGAAGAGAUGAACAAGGAGGAGUUAAAUAAAUGCUUGCAGACAUUUUAUAUGUCUGCAAGAAAACAGGACGGAGGUUACUACAACAAAGCAACGCUUACCUCGAUCAGAGCCGCCAUUGAUCGGCACUUGCGCAACGAGCCACACAACAAGCCAUUUUCGAUAAUCAGCGACAGCCAGUUCACGGAAGCGAACAAAGCUCUAAAUUCGUUUCUGAAAACUCUGAGCAAGUCAUCAUUGAUCGGCACUUGCGCAACGAGCCACACAACAAGCCAUUUUCGAUAAUCAGCGACAGCCAGUUCACGGAAGCGAACAAAGCUCUAAAUUCGUUUCUGAAAACUCUGAGCAAGUCAGGUCAAAUUUGUUCUACUGUUCACAAACCCACACUAACGACCAAAGCAGUUUCAAAGCUCUACGAAGCCGGGGAGCUAGUAGAUGAAAGAUGCCACGAUCAACAAAAGCUGCAGCAAACAGCGUGGUUUUUUAUAACCCUCUACUUUGGUCGAAGAGGAAGGGAAAACCAGCGUCAAUUGACAAAAUCAAGCCUAAAGCUCUCCAAAACCCCAAAUUCCGGCCUGGAAUAUUUUGAGCUUAACAGAGAAACGCCAGGAGGAGUCUUUUCAACCAAAAUCACCAAGGUGGUCUAG